GCUCCAUCCUGCGCCGCUGGAAGAGAAACUGGUUCGUCCUUUACCUGGACGGCAGCUUGGUUUACUACCAUGACGAGACGCAGCGUGACAUGGACGGCCGGAUCCACGUCAAAUACAGCUGCCGGGAUGUGAGGACCGGCCGCGAGUGCGGAGACGUGCAGCCGCCCGAGGGGAAGAGCCGCGACUGCCUGCUGAGCAUCGUGCUGCGGGACGGCUCCAAGACGAUGCUGUGCGCCGAGAGUGAGGACGACGCCGUGUAA